AUGUUUUCCGGGUUCAGUUCUUUUGGCGGAGGAAACGGCUUUGUUAAUAUACCUCAAACGUUUKAGGAAUUCUUUAGAUGCUAUCCUAUAGCCAUGAUGAAUGAUAGAAUACGGAAAGAUGACGCAAACUUCGGCGGCAAGAUCUUCCUGCCACCAAGCGCUCUGAGCAAACUGUCUAUGUUGAACAUCAGAUAUCCCAUGCUUUUCAAACUGACUGCCAAUGAAAGCGGAAAUGUGACACAUGGUGGUGUUUUAGAAUUUAUUGCUGAAGAAGGGAGGGUAUACUUGCCCCAAUGGAUGAUGGAAACAUUGGGCAUACAGCCGGGAUCCCUAUUACAGAUUUCAUCGGCGGAUGUGCCUCUGGGUCAAUUCGUGAAAUUAGAACCUCAAUCGGUAGACUUUUUAGACAUUUCUGACCCUAAGGCAGUUCUAGAAAACGUGUUGAGGAACUUUUCCACAUUAACUGUGGAUGAUGUGAUCGAGAUCAGUUAUAACGGAAAAACAUUCAAAAUUAAGAUUCUAGAGGUGAAACCUGAAUCGUCAUCAAAAAGUAUAUGUGUCAUUGAGACCGACUUGGUAACCGAUUUUGCGCCACCCGUAGGAUAUGUGGAACCUGAUUAUAAAGCACUGAAGGCCCAACAAGACAAAGAAAAAAAGAGCCCUUUCAGUAAGGGUCAAGUCUUGGAUCCAUCGGUGCUUGGGCAGGGAUCAAUGUCCACAAGAAUUGAUUAUGCAGGCAUUACAAACAGUAUUAAUAAUGAUCGAUCUAAAUUCGUUGGCAAAGGACAAAAUAUAUCUGGGAAGGCUCCCAAGAGGAAUCCGGAACCCGGGCAAGAUUUAAAGAAUAUAAAGAUAACGUUUGAUGGCCAACCUGCCAAACUAGAUUUGCCUGAAGGCCAACUAUUUUUUGGAUUUCCAAUGGUUCUACCGAAGGACGAUGAAGGAAGUGAUAGUGAAGCUAAAUCUAACGAACAGAAUUUCCAUGGUCAAGGGAUCUCGUUACGAAAAAGCAACAAAAGAAAACCGAAGAAAGAUCAUGACUCGUCUAAAUCAAAAGCUCCAAAGAGUCCUGAAGUCAUCGAGAUCGACUAG